AAGUAAAGAAGAAUUCUUAAUUUUGCACAUUAAGGUUAAAAUAAAACAAUAUUAAGAUUAAACAACAAUGUUAUAAAUGGGGAAUUUAACAAAAUUAUAAAUGAAAUAAAUUAGUGCCAAUAUUUAUUUUAAUUAAGGAUAAUUCAAACUAAAUUGGCAACUAAUAUAAAUUAUAAGUACACGAACAUCCAAAUUAUUUGUUAAUUUAAAGCUUAAAGGGAUUAAGCACAUAAACUCCACGUAUGCAAUUCGAAGCACUCAAGCAUAAAUACAUAUACAAAUAACUUGUAAAGCAGUUUUGUAAAAUAACAAAUAGCAAGUUUUAAACAAAUUGCUAUGUUGCCGCUGACACACAGGGACCGCAACAAUAUUGGCCAUCGGAUUAAGGAAAAAAUUAACAGCUGGAAGAGGCUCAUAUUCUCGGAUAGAAACUCAAGAAAUUUAUUUUUAUUUCUUUUGCUAAAUCUAAGUUUUGCAUUCGUAGAACUUUUCUAUGGCAUUUGGACAAACAGUUUAGGUCUUAUCUCGGACUCAUUUCAUAUGUUCUUCGAUUGUACUGGUCUACUGGCGGGUUUGGCUGCAUCGGUUAUUACAAAGUGGAAAGCUAAUGAAAAAUUUUCUUACGGUUAUGUACGAGCUGAAGUACUGGCUGGAUUUGUAAAUAGUCUCUUCCUUUUAUUUAUUUCAUUUUUCAUACUAUCGGAAGGCGUUGAACGUCUUAUUGAACCACCUGAAGUAAAACAUGAACGUCUUUUUGUUGUUUCCGUUCUGGGAUUUAUUGUGAACUUAGUGGGUAUAUACGCCUUUCAACAUGGUGGUCAUGGCCAUAGUCAUGGAGGUGGUGGCCAUGGACAUUCACACGGAGGUGGACAUGGUCAUUCGCAUGGCAACAACCUACUUGAUAUGAAUGGGCAUAAUAAUCACGCAAUUGAUUUGGAUGGUCACGGUCAUUCACAUGAGCAAGGACAUGGUCACUCCCAUGGCGGUUUGAACGGCGACAUCUCUGGCAGUAAUUCCCAAAUUAUGCGUGGUGUAUUUUUGCAUAUAUUGGCUGAUACACUUGGCUCAGUUGGUGUGAUUAUCUCAGCGGUGCUAAUGCAUUUGUUUGGCUGGAUGAUUGCGGAUCCAAUAUGCUCAAUUUUUAUAGCCUUGCUUAUAGCAUUAAGUGUGCUUAGCCUUAUUAAAGAGUCAAUCUUGAUCUUAAUGCAAAGACAACCAACGGAUUUAGAUCGUUCAUUACCUCAUUGCUAUCAGAAAGUUACAGGGUUAGCGGGUGUUUAUGCCGUGCAGGAGCCACAUUUUUGGACAUUGUGCUCGGACGUAUAUGUUGGUGCUAUUAAACUGGAAGUAUCAAAGAAUGUAGAUCCUAAAUACGUAGUGACGCAUGCGCGAAUGAUUUUUGAGUCAGUGGGAGUAAAGCAGAUGUACAUACAGCUCGACUAUGUGUGAUAGAAACAUUGUUAGUUACACUCUUGUUAGAUAUUUUAAUGUAAUUAUAUUUUUAUGCUGUUUUUUUUAAAUAAAUCAAACAAUUUACAAAAUGUAAAUUAGUGUCUAUAUUGUAAGUGCGCCAAUUCGUAACAAUUUUCCAAUUUAUAUUUUUUAAAAUAUUUCUAUGUGAAAAUCAUAAUAUAUUGUUAAUAUGAUUUAAAUUAUUUAUAUUUUACAUUUAAUAAUAUACAAAUAAUUGUGUAAUAUAAUUCAAAUUAAUUAUACAUAUUAAGUCAUUCCGAUAAACGAUUUUUUUAUAUAAGUUUAGAAUCUUCCUAAAAAAUGUAUAAUAAAUUGUAUGCAAUAUUC